CUCAAGCGGUAACGAUCUGCGGACUAUAAUCAUCAUCAUCGAUCGAGAAGAAGUGCGAAUAAUUAAAGGACAAAUCCAAAAGUGUCAAUAAAAAGACUGUCCAUCAUCAUGGAGCGCGAUGAGGCGUCCACCUCGACGAGUGAGGGCAAAUCCCUGGAGGAGGCGCCCAUUGCGGAGGGUCUGGAGCCCACGGAGCCCAUCAGCUUUUUGAAACUCUUCCGAUUCUCCACGUAUGGGGAGAUCUCCUGGCUCUUCUUUGGUUUUAUAAUGUGCUGCAUUAAGGCCUUAACCCUGCCCGCCGUGGUCAUCAUUUACAGCGAAUUUACGUCCAUGUUGGUGGAUCGAGCCAUGCAGUUUGGCACCAGCUCAAAGGUCCACGCCUUGCCACUUUUCGGAGGAGGUAAAACACUCACAAAUGCCACUCGGGAAGCUAACAGCGAAGCCUUAUAUGAUGAUUCCAUAUCAUAUGGCAUUCUCCUGACCAUCGCUUCAGUGAUUAUGUUUAUCUCUGGAGUUUUCUCUGUGGAUGUUUUCAAUAUGGUGGCCUUGCGUCAGGUCACAAGGAUGCGAAUAAAGCUCUUCACUUCUGUAAUGCGACAGGAUAUUGGUUGGCAUGAUCUGGCCAACAAGCAAAACUUUACCCAGAGCAUGGUGGACGAUGUGGAAAAGAUUCGUGAUGGCAUCUCAGAAAAAGUUGGUCACUUUGUUUACCUGGUUGUGGGCUUCAUUAUAACCGUGGCCAUUUCAUUUGGUUAUGGUUGGAAACUCACCUUGGCAGUGAGUUCAUAUAUACCUCUGGUCAUACUGGUCAAUUACUAUGUGGCUAAGUUCCAAGGCAAGUUAACUUCCCGGGAACAGGAAUCCUAUGCAGGAGCUGGUAAUUUGGCGGAGGAAAUUCUGAGUGCCAUUCGCACUGUAGUCUCGUUUGGGGGAGAAAAAUCAGAGGUUCAGCGCUACGAGAAUUUCUUGGUUCCAGCUCGAAAGGCCAGUCAGUGGAAAGGAGCCUUUUCCGGACUCAGUGAUGCUGUUCUAAAGUCUAUGUUGUAUUUAUCCUGCGCUGGAGCCUUUUGGUAUGGAGUAAAUCUGAUUAUUGACGAUCGAGAUUUGGAAGAUAAGGAGUAUACACCUGCCAUUCUGAUGAUUGCUUUCUUUGGCAUUAUUGUUGGUGCUGAUAACAUAGCCAGAACUGCACCCUUCCUAGAAUCAUUUGCCACCGCCCGAGGUUGUGCCACCAACCUGUUCAAGGUCAUCGAUUUGACCUCCAAGAUCGAUCCUCUUUCUACAGAUGGCAAGCUCUUAAACUACGGCCUUCGUGGUGAUGUGGAGUUCCAGGAUGUCUUCUUCCGAUAUCCUUCUCGUCCGGAGAUUAUAGUUCAUAGGGGUUUAAACAUCAAGAUUAGAGCGGGUCAAACAGUCGCCUUGGUUGGUUCUUCGGGCUGUGGAAAGUCCACCUGCGUCCAGUUGCUGCAGAGAUUCUACGAUCCUGUUUUUGGUUCCGUGCUCCUAGAUGAUUUAGACAUUAGAAAGUACAACAUCCAAUGGCUAAGAUCGAAUAUUGCUGUCGUGGGUCAGGAACCAGUGCUGUUUUUGGGAACUAUAGCCCAAAACAUUAGCUAUGGUAAACCAGGAUCUUCACAGAAGGAAAUCGAGGCUGCUGCCACUCAGGCUGGAGCCCAUGAAUUUAUCACCAAUUUGCCAGAGAGCUACCGCAGUAUGAUUGGAGAACGGGGCUCCCAACUCUCCGGAGGACAAAAGCAACGUAUUGCUAUAGCUCGAGCCCUAAUUCAGAACCCCAAGAUUCUUCUGCUGGAUGAGGCCACUUCUGCACUGGAUUACCAAUCUGAGAAACAGGUUCAACAGGCCUUGGAUUUGGCCAGUAAAGGUCGCACAACCAUUGUGGUUUCCCAUAGACUGUCAGCCAUUCGUGGUGCAGAUAAGAUUGUCUUUAUCCAUGAUGGCAAAGUUUUGGAGGAGGGUUCGCAUGACGAUCUAAUGGCUCUUGAAGGUGCCUACUACAACAUGGUUCGUGCGGGUGAUAUAAACAUGCCCGAUGAGGUGGAGAAGGAGGAAACCAUCGAGGAAACCAAAAGAAAAAGCCUGGCUCUAUAUGAAAAAUCCUUCGAGACCAGUCCCCUCAAUUUUGAGAAAGGCCAGAAAAACAGCGUUCAGUUUGAGGAGCCCAUUGUUAAAGCCCUCGUAAAGGACACCAAUGCCAAGGUUGCUGAGGCUCCCGCCGAGAAACCGAACUUCUUCCACACCUUCUCCAGGAUUCUGAAACUGGCCAGACCAGAAUGGUGUUACCUCAUCCUCGGAACUGUUAGCGCAGUGGCAGUGGGUUGUUUAUAUCCGGCUUUCGCGAUCAUCUUUGGUGAAUUCUAUGCAGCUCUAGCUGAAAAGGAUCCCAAGGAUGCCUUGAGUCGCACAGCAGUACUUUCCUGGGCCUGUUUGGGCCUGGCCUUCCUGACUGGAUUGGUCUGCUUCAUGCAGACCUACUUGUUCAACUAUGCCGGCAUUUGGCUGACCACCAGAAUGCGAUCCAUGACUUUUAAGGCCAUGUUGAGUCAGGAAGUUGGCUGGUUCGACGAUGAGAACAACUCGGUGGGAGCUUUAUCCGCUCGAUUGUCCGGCGAGGCAGUUGGUGUCCAAGGAGCCAUUGGAUUUCCCCUGAGUGGAAUGAUCCAGGCCAUAUCCAACUUUAUUUCCAGUGUCAGCGUUGCCAUGUACUACAACUGGAAGUUGGCCCUGUUGUGUUUGGCCAACUGCCCCAUUAUUGUGGGAUCUGUUAUUCUGGAAGCUAAAAUGAUGUCCACUGCAAUUGUGCGAGAGAAGCAGGUGAUUGAGGAAGCCUGUCGCAUUGCCACUGAAUCUAUAUCCAACAUUCGCACUGUUGCCGGUUUGAGAAGGGAGGCGGAUGUCAUCAGGGAGUACACUGAGGAAAUUCAGAGGGUGGAGGUGCUCAUCCGCCAAAAGCUGAGAUGGCGAGGAGUCCUUAACUCCACCAUGCAGGCAUCUGCAUUUUUCGCUUAUGCAGUGGCUCUCUGCUAUGGAGGUGUUUUGGUCUCCGAGGGUCAACUGCCCUUCCAGGAUAUUAUCAAGGUCUCGGAAACAUUGCUGUAUGGCUCCAUGAUGCUAGCCCAAUCCUUGGCCUUCACCCCCGCCUUCUCCGGCGCCCUGAUCGCGGGUCAUCGCCUCUUUCAAAUUCUGGAUCGUAAACCCAAGAUUCACUCACCCAUGGGAACUAUUAAAAAUACUCUAGCCAAGCAAUUAAAUCUUUUCGAGGGCGUACGCUAUCGCGGUAUCGAAUUCCGAUACCCCACACGACCCGAUGCCAAGAUUCUCAAUGGUUUGGACUUGGAGGUUCUCAAGGGUCAAACGGUGGCCUUGGUGGGUCAUUCCGGGUGUGGAAAGUCCACGUGCGUACAGUUGCUGCAGCGCUUCUACGAUCCCGAUGAGGGCACCAUACACAUCGAUCACGAUGACAUCCAGCAUGACCUAACGCUCGAGGGAGUUAGAACCAAAUUGGGGAUCGUCUCUCAGGAACCCACUCUUUUCGAACGAUCGAUCGCGGAGAAUAUAGCUUAUGGCGACAAUCGUCGAUCGGUUCCCAUGACGGAGAUUAUUGCAGCAGCCAAGAGUGCGAAUGCCCAUAGUUUUAUUAUCUCCUUGCCGAAUGGCUAUGAAACUCGAAUGGGAGCCAGAGGAACUCAGUUGUCCGGUGGACAAAAGCAGAGAAUAGCCAUUGCCAGGGCACUGGUGAGGAAUCCCAAGAUCCUCCUCCUCGACGAGGCCACCUCAGCACUGGAUUUGCAGAGCGAACAGUUGGUCCAACAGGCCUUGGAUUCCGCCUGCUCAGGAAGGACCUGUAUUGUCAUAGCCCAUCGUCUGUCCACCGUCCAAAAUGCGGAUGUCAUCUGUGUGGUUCAAAACGGGGAAGUGGUGGAGCAGGGCAACCACAUGCAGCUGAUUUCCCAGGGCGGCAUCUACGCCAAGUUGCACAAGACCCAAAGGGAUCAUUGAAAACUAUCUAAACUAUUUUGUAACUAUCACCGAAAACCAAAAUACAGGUGUCACCAAAAACUAAAUAAACUUUUACACUACUUUUUA